GUGUUAUAUUAUGCUAUUCGAAAUGUUUAUGAAAAUCUAGCAUAUUAUAGGUGAAUAAACUAAAAUGAAACGGAUGGAUUGGGGAUGGAUUGCAUUGCCGCCAGUGAAGAUUGCGAAAUAGGUAAUGAAACGCAGUAACAUGCAUAUUCAUCAAGGCCUUCAUUGCUAUCGCAUUAUGAUUGGCUGUUGAAAAGAGAAAACGGGGCCUUGGUUCCUUUAACCGAUGCGAUUGGUCUGUGAUGAUCCCAUCGUCAGCUCAACAACAGGAUUUCCCUAUGAACCUAUUCCAUUGUUAGGUUAUGAGGGACUAGGAAAUGCUUUUUAAAUCAUACUUUCUGAUCCCUUCAAACCAUGAUAAAACCAUUCAUUAUAUCUUCUGAAUUAUUUCAUCGAUAUCAAAAUGUUAUUCGUAUCCUCAAUCACUCGAUGGUGGGACUUGAAACGGUUUUAGCCAUCUUUUCGUCCCUCCAUUGAGCUCUUGAUUUGUCAGGCAGCAAGUCUGCACGUGACCCGCUUUUGUCUGCUGCGGUUUCGAGCUCUCAGCUGUUUCGCGCAAUAUACAAGAUCACCUUCUCCAUUUGCUCACAUACAGUUUCUGUGCUGAUCUGAGAAGAAAGCAUUUUCUCUGGAACAUUUGGGCUGAAGGCACUCCAAAAUGUUGAUUUUCAUCAAGAAACCGGAUGGCAAUGUGCUGGAAAUUGAAGUUGGACCUAAAGCUGUCGGUCUGGAAUGCUUGGAUUUGACCUGUCUGAAGCUGAACAUGGUUGAAGGGGAUUACUUUGGCCUGCAGUUCGCGACAAAGAAAGGGGAGAGACACUGGCUAAACCUUCGAAACACUAUUACGUCGCAGCUCCCUAUUGGAUUCUCCCAGCCUAUCCGUUUGGACCUGAGGGUUAAAUUCCAUGUCGAACCACACAUCUUGCAGCAAGAUAUCACAAGACAUCUCUUCUUUCAUGAUGCCAAACUCCUUGUGAAAGAAGGGAAGUUUAAGGCAGCCCUCAAAGACGCUGCCCGAAUUGCCGCUCUGUUCAUCCAGGCUGAGAAUGGUGAUUUCGGUGCCAGCAGUGACAUGGAGCAGCUGUCUGGAUACUUCCCCCAGUUUGCAGACUCGGAGGAAUUCAAAGUGACGGCCCAAGCAGAAUAUGCCCGUCUCCGCAGCAUGGGGACUGAACAUGCGCUCCUGUCUCUGCUCAGAGAAAUCUGUGAAAUGGAUUCUUAUGGAUUAGAUACAUUCACUGCCAAGACCUGCUCUGGCCAGUUCUGCGAAGUGGGAGUUGGAGCCCAUGGAAUUCUGGUGACUAAUGUGGAAACACAAGAUUGUGUGAAGAUCCCCCUUCAAUCUGUAAAGAGGUUGUCAGUUGAGAAGAGAGAUUGCCAGAUGCACUAUGAGCUUGACGAUGGACAUAACUUUACAACAGACAAGAUGGAGCUUACUCUCCACACCAAGGAGGUAGCCGAAGGGCUGUAUCGCUCUAUCACAGAGAAAGUGGAAUUCUUCACCAGUGAAACUGUCAGUGAACCAGUCAAAGACCAGUUUGUUCGAGACUUGCGUGGGAGCAUUGUCUCUUUCUUCAAUGUCAAUACGGACUUGGGGAAGAAGUACUCCUUUGAUCUGCGCAGAACGCAGCAAGAGGUCCAUGACGAUGCGAGGAGGAAGCUUUUUAGGAUGGGCAUCUCAACACAGUCUUGUGAAGAUGGCGCCGACUUAUCCGCCCAGGCACACAAUAGGCAAGAAGGUGCCAACCAGCUUGAACAGGAACUUCAAAUGUAUCGGGAUGCUGUAACAUGUAAGGUCUGCAUGGCAUGUCAUAUGGACACAGUUCUCUUACCCUGUGGUCACUUUCUCCUGUGUAGCAACUGUGCUGACAUGGUCUCCUCUUGCCCCUCGUGUCGCUUAAGCAUUGAAGAAAGGAAGAAAGUCUUCUGGGACAGACCUAUGAAUGUUACCUAGAGCAAGCUAAACAGGUAAAGUUAAUUGUGUUCAUAAUGCUUGUAGAAGGACCCUGAAUCAGUAUUACAAAGAUUGCCAUGAUGUAUGUUCUGUUUUUAUUAAGAGAUUAGUCAUUUUGAAUUUCCGUCAGAGAUACCUUUAGGAAUGAAGAUCAGAUGAUCUGUAGCUAUGUUUAUGAGAUAAGUGUCGUAAAAGAAGGGAAAGGAAUAAGUUGAUGCCAGAAUCAAAGUACAUGUAACUUGUAAUAUGAUCUGUGACUGACUUGACAUCGUUUCUUUGUACACUGCAUACGAAAUUAAGUUCCAUGUUGUGCAUGUCUAGAAUUGCAUCUAAAAGCUACAGUACACAUACCUAGCUAGCUACUUAUACAUGUUUAGUUAUUAAAUGUUUGGAAACAUUAAUGGAUCGUCAUGUUACAUUUUCUUUCCUUCAAAUGAUAGGACCUUAUACUCUGAUCAGAUGUGGAUGUGUAGUUUUGUACAUUUUUGAGAAAAAUGAAAACUUGUAUUUUUGAUCUUUAAGGUCAACACAUUUUUUAAAAGGAGAAUUGCCUUGAAUUGUAGAAAAAAAACAUAUUUUUGUAAAAUGUGUGAUAGCUAAUAUAAGAAGUUGAUACAUAUGUUUAUGUCAACUGUUAGUGUAGCAUUCUCCCAUGUUCAUGCGUCUACACUUUAAAUGCAUUUUUUAGACAUGUUGAAUGCCCUCUCCUCUAGUAUAGUUGGUACAUUCCUAUAAUAUACAUCUGCAGUUGCAAGAAUUCCUACAUGUAGACUGUAUCCUUUUUUUUCCCUUUUCCCUUUUCCCUUUUCCCCCUUUUUGUUGUUGUUGCAAGAAACGUAGUCUUUCUAUUUGUAGUAUUCAGAUUCUGUGUGCAUUCCAAAGCCACAUCAGGUCAAUUUAGUUAAUUUAGAUUUGUGCAAUAAUCUGUUUAGAAAAAAAAAAUUCUUUUCAAUUUUGUUUCUUUCCAUAGUGCUGUACAAAUAUGUAAGAAUAGUUUUAGUUCAGACUAAGAUCCACACAUGAUCGUAUAUUUCCUCCCACAUGAUGUUGUUCAAGUUAACGUGAUGCACAAAUCGGUACUGUACAUUUGGCAUGUACAUGAAUAUGAGAUCAUACGUGUAAUGACUUUUUCAGUCAUAAGAAACAUUGGAUUGCAUACUGUACACACUUGCGCUAAAUGGUUCCUUUUGAAAACGAGUACAUGUUUACAGUGGUACAGUGUCAAGUACAUGUCCGAAUGUAUGUAUAAUAUACUGUAUGUGCAUGCACAGUUCACACAAUAAGGAACAUCCAUCUAAAUUUAUCCUUGCCAUACAUUCUUUUGUUGUGUUUAUGAAGUUAUUAUUUAUUUCUUGGUCAAGACUGCAGUAUACAUGCAAAAGUAAAUUGUUUGCUUUGAUACCUAUAUAAGUGCUUACAUCUAUGUAGCAUACUUUUUUCUGUGAUGUCAUGUUUUCCAAAAUCAUGUUCUCGCCAGUUCUCGAGAUUUUUUAAAUUGUGUAUGCAAAGUGUGGUGCACAUUGUUUUUUAGUCUAUAGAAAUUAAAAGUUCUAUUUUACACUGUUAAUAUAUUGUAUCAAUGACAUGGAGAAAUGUGAGUAGAUUUCGUUUGUAAGUAUGUGUGUGACUCAUUCAGUGGCUGUGCCAAAUUAUUGGUGCUGUACUUAGACAUGUACAUGUAAAUGACUGCAAUUUGGUAUGCCAAUUAGCAAAACUAUUUUGAAGUUUGAAUGCACACCAACUUUGCUUUUUCAUCUUUUCUUUAUUUGGUCAGUGAGACCAUCUUCCUUCUAACGACAGUCACAUUUAUUGAAUAAAAAAAAGAUCUUCAUUGCAUGACACCUGAUAUAUUUUGAAAUUGACAAUUUUCAUGAUUCAUUAUCAUUUAUGUGUAAUGCAUCACUAUGUACAACAUUGGAAAUAUUAUUUGUACAUUAUUAAACAGAAUGUACCUAUCAUAUGAUAUAUACCGGUACAUAUACAUUGUAUUUUGUAAUCACAUUACAUACAUGUACAUGUAAGUUGAAUGUGUUUUCGUUACAUUAGAUAUAAUAUGUUGUGAGGCUAUAUAAACUUACGAGGCUUACAGUUUACCGGUAUACUAAUAGUGCUUUUCUCCUCUAUUACUUGUACAGUAUGGGUUUGAACCAGUAUGCACAAACUACAUUGUUCUUUGGACUUCAUUGCAGCUGUAGUUUUAAUUUGAAGAAGAGUAACAAUCUGUUCAUUUAGCUGAAUAGCAUGUUGUUUCUCUGCUUUUGCAGAAUAGAUUAUACAUGAAUUUUGUUCUGUUGAUUUGAUGUUUAGGCCUAAUUAAUGGAUCAGUUAUUAACAGUGAUGCGUAUCAUGCGUGCAAGUAUAUUUUGCUUAACAUGUAUAUACAUGUAGCUCUUAACAUGUACAUCUAUUUGUUGAAUAGGGUAGAAGUAUUUCCCUAUUUAUAAAUAUCUUUCUCCUCUUAUUACUUUUAGACUUGUGCUAAUAAAUGGGUAUAAUUAUUUAAUAUCCCUGACCUUAUUUAUGAAGUUUCUUAAAGCUUAACUCUGAAAGUUGAAGUGCUAAAACAGCAUUCAUUGUGCACAGAUCAUGUAUAGUGCAGUCACUGCAAGCUUCUCCAAUGUGGUGAUAUAAAACCUACAUGUACAGAAUGUAAAAUGAAGAUUAGAGUGGUUCAACCAGGGAGUUAGGAGGUUCAACAUACAUGUAAGUUACUUGACUUCAGGUUUAAUGACCAAUGUUCAUAUUUACUUUAAUUUUGCAUUGGAUCGGGGAAAAAGCUAGUAGUUGAAAAAGAAAGCACUAACUGCAACAAUUAGAUGUAUUGUAAAAAGUUGGAGAAAACAAGUUUUCAGAAGGUGACCUACAAACAAUUUUGCUUUACUUUAGUUGUUUAUUCAACUGUUAAGGGUUUUUCCAUUGUAACACCACUUUGUAGGCCUCUCUCCUUUGUGCAUGUUUCAGUGCAAGCAGUGAAGCUACACAUCAAGCAGGUGCAUUGAUCUUUGCUGUGAGAAACUGGUACAUGUACAUGUUGGCACAUGUCAGGCCCUACAUGUGUAGUAGGAGGGGUUUUUUUUUCGGGGGGGGGGGGGUUGAGAAAAAUAUAUCUUUCUAAUCUCAUCAACUAUUCAAAAUAUAUUUUUUUUAAUUAAUGUCUAUACUUUCCCAAAUGCACACAAAUAUGAUGUAUAAAUAUCAGUUGAUUUUAUUUACAUUUUUCAGCUUCCCUUAAUGAAAAUGAUAAGUGCCAAAUUUCUAAUAACUUAAGUUCAAAGAUAAAAUUCCCAUUUAAAUUAGUCAUUCUUAUGUAGGCAUCUAUUGAAGAAUGCAUACACAUCAGGGUCCCGUAACACAAAGGUCAGCGAUCAAUCGUACUCUUAAUUUUCAUGAUUAAUUGUACAUUGCAGUCAAUGCAAUUAAUCAAAUUGUUAAAAUGUUCUAGGUGAUUUCUAAUCUUUGUGGUAAUAAAGGCCCGUGAUCCAAAUGUUAACAACUCAAUGCAUAUUUAUGGAUGGUAAAUUGUUCAUUAUUCCUCAUCAAUGGCAAAAGGUAUUUGAAUUUCAACCUCUGAAAUUUUUUUAUGUAUUUAUCAUAUAUAUACUUGCCAAAGUACAAAACUUAUUAGGGGUGUGGGACACUCCGGCGAUGUGUAAAUUACACAUUCCUCUAACUUUAUGACAGAUAAUAAUUUUGUAUUUGAUUACUUUGAGAUUAUGUUCUAAAUGAAGAGGAAUUUUGGGUUAUAAUUCUUGAAUUCAAUCCUUUCCAUCAAUUCUUUUUGUAUAUGUAAUUUUGUUCACAACAUUCAACAUUGUCUUAUAUAAGAAGGGGAAUUUUAUUUCUUUAAUUGUGUAAAAAUAAGUGAUGUUUUCCCAAAGUAAUGUUUUGACCAAGCAGUCUUGUCAACAUAAUUUGUUUAUUUAAACCUGUGUGAAAUAAAUUAUCAAGCAUUUAAUUAAGUUUAAACAAAUGAAA